UGUCGCGCGGGCGAUACCUUAUCAUUGCUGAUAACGAGUUUCGCCCUGAAAACUUUUUCAACGCAUUAGUAUUGUUUCACAAGCCACGAAGUACAGUGUAAUACAGUGUAAAUAUGGCGAAUAACCUUGAAGUGGGAAUGAGGUGCAUUAAAUAUAUGCUCCUAUGUGUUACGGCGAUAUUUGUGCUGACAUCAGCAUUGAUCAUCUCAGUGGGUACAACGAUAUACGCUAUCUACCACGAUGUUUCCUACUUCUUGGAUGACCAGCUCUUCUCUCCAGCCACCUUCAUCAUUGUUAUUGGAGUUAUUAUGCUCUUUGUCUCCCUGUUCGGAUGCAUUGGUGCGCUGAAGGAGAGCACCUGCUUGGUUAAUAUUUUCGCAGUGAUCCUGAGCGUGGUACUGGUGCUGGAAGUGGCAGCAGCGAUUACCGCGUACGCAAUGAGAUCUCAGGUGUCAGAGAUGCUCGACGACAACCUCAGGACGACCCUGCCCUAUUACUACGAGAAGCCGGAGAUCGAGGCCGCGUACGACUUCGUCCAGAGCAGAUUGAAUUGUUGUGGUGUGGACAGCUACCUCGACUGGGGCGAGGUGGACACGCCUGCGGGAAUCACCGGGAUCUCAGUCGCCAACAUCACCGUGCCCAACUCCUGCUGCGCUCAGUCCCGGUAUACAGAAAUCGAGGGUUUGGAGAUUGCCGAGUGCACUAAACUGUACGCGAAUGGUUGCCUACCCAGGGUUAUUUAUCUGGUCUACCAGAGCGCAGGACUGUUGGGUGCAGGAGCUAUGACUAUAGCUUUUAUCCAGAUCAUAGGCAUCGUUUUCUCAUUCUCGCUGGCCAGUUCCAUCCGAAAAGCGAAAACUGAGCGAGAACGCAGACGUUGGGAGAUUCAAGAGCGAAUGAUCAAUGCUUACACCUCGCUCAACCCCGACAAUGAGAAGGCGGCACCAGUUGUUUACGUUCCUUUCCACGGACAAACCACAGCUUAAAAAGUUUUUAGUCUGUG